AUGAUAUCGAAGUUUGUCUCGUUCAACUGCAGGGGUAUAAAGCGUACAUAUUUACACGUUAGAGAUCUAUGUAAAAACUGCGAUAUAAUAGCAUUGCAAGAACACUGGUUGAUACCAGAAGAAAUAGACUUCUUAAACAACAUUCACCCGGAUUUUGCAUAUCAUGGAACAUCGGCGGUGGAUACGACAGCGAACAUUUUGAGAGGGCGGCCCUAUGGAGGGGUAGCCCUUCUGUGGAAAAAAUCUUUGUUUACAUGUGUGACGCCAAUUGAAACCGGAUCGUCGAGAGUAGUCGCCGUGCGCGUGAGCAUCAGAGAAGCAGCACAGGAGCAGCGUAGUUUCAUCGUCAUGUCGGUAUAUAUGCCGACACAGCAUCCGGACAACAUCCCACUAUUUACAGAGUGUCUAGCGAUUAUAAGUGCAGUAAUCGAAAAUAACUGUGAUGAAAAUGUUGUGUGUCUCGGCGACUACAAUGCGGACUUAACAAAAUCGAACAGUAUUUUUGGACGUGAGUUGAUGAGUUACUGCGAGGAACAGAACUGGGAAGGCGUUCCCACAGCUUACCCGUGGUCUUGCUGCUGGUGUUGAUCGUGGUCGUGACCACGAGGCUGUGGCUCGUAGAGAUGAUCCGCUCAUCUCUGCAAACACAAAGGUGGAAUCACGACCUGCAGCACUUGAGGAGGAGCAGGAACUUGAAGCAGUAUUUGCAGAACAUACAGCUGCUGAUCGAGCCUUCGUCCACCCGCUGCGAGGGUGCGGAGGAGGUGCCCCUACUAGUGAUGGUGUCCAGCCCCCCCUCGCACCUGGAGCGGCGUGGAGCCAUCCGCAACACGUGGGCGAAGCACCAACCCACGAUCUUUUUCCUCGGAGUCGACGGCACGGAUCGAGAUCAAGUAUUGGUCGACACCUACAUAGAAGCCAAGGAGUACGGAGACAUGGUGGUGCUCGACUUCCUGGAGCACUACGACAACCUGACCCUGAAGACGGCGCUCAUGCUGCAGUGGAGCCGGCGCCGAUGUCCGACCGUCGGUGCUUUGCUCAAGACUGACGAUGACGUGUUCUUGAAUCCGUGGAGGUUGAAGGAGGUAUUGAGGACGCAUGAGAACAGUCCACUGAUUGGGUACAAGUUAAACGACUCUAAAGUCCAUCGUGAGGAGCACAGCAAAUGGCAUCUCCCACAUUGGUUGUUUCCUAGAGAUGUCAUACCUGAAUACCUCUCUGGGACUAGCUACAUCUUACAAGGAGAUUACAUUGACAAGAUAUUGGAAGCAUCAUACAAGACACCUAUGAUUAACUUGGAAGAUGUUUACUUCACCUAUUUGGUCAGCAGAAGUGCCUUAAGGUUAUCGUUAAGUCAUAACAGAAGACUGAGUCCCUACAAACCUUGGAUCACGACCGAUUGUGCUUUUUGGGGCUUGGCAUCAGUUCAUAGUGUGACUCCAAUGGAGAUUAUGAGAGCGUGGGAGAAGAUAGAGAGUUUAGCGUGGAGAAUUGAGAGGGGAGAAGAAGUGUGCACUUACAUGCGGUAUUUUUCUAGUGACAUCUUUUUGUAUUGAAGAUGGUGUUAGUUGAAGUCAGACUAAAGAUGACGUACAUGUUUUCAUACUAGAGUCAAGUAGGGGUAGUUAAAGAAAGAAAAUAUGUUUUAAUUGAUGACACAUAACAAACACAUAAGAAGCAAAAAUAUACAUAACAUGAAGUAAAACAAAAUGUACAAGUAAAAUUAAUAACAACAGAAAACAGCUACAGAGAAUAAAUGUGUAUUUUAUAUGAUGCCAACACUGGAUAUGGCUCAACAUACACAGCAGGCAAGAUUCCUGCUGCACUGGUAUUCUGCCAUACACAGAGCGGUGACAUCACAGAAAACAGAACAAGAAAUACAAAUUACUAAUUAGGUAAGUAACAAGGGGCACAUUGUUACGGCCAUUUGUCGUCUGAUCACACCCGCUUGAGACACUGUGGCGGCGACAUCUACAUAUAAUGAAUAUGGAGGAAAUAAUUACUCGCCUCCUCAAGAGAUGGCGCUACCGGCGUUGAUCUCACAACGUAUGGAAGUCUACAUCGCGCAAGUGAAAUUCGGAAGCAAAUACUCCAUACAUACAAAGCCCAACCAACAUCAGUCGGGCCUCGUCCCCCGAGCUACCAUCACCCAGCGCGGAGGAAGAUCUUCCCCUUUGGCCUUCCUACAAAAUUAAUACUGUGUAAUAUGAGGUGGAAUAGCCUGCCGCGAAUGAAUACUGCGCGGUCACGAACUAUCUUGUGAUGAGGUGCAAACGUCAAUCGGUUAUCUAACGUGACUCCCAAGUACUUGAC